CCGUAUAGCCAGACGUGUACUUACGCCACUGUUGUUAUGUAGUUUCAUCAGAAACGGGAAAUCGCGUGUUUACCGAUAACCAGCGCCUGUCAUCAGUCUAUUUGUUUAAUACUUACUAAUGUAUUCAAGGCAUAAUGUCGUCGGAUUUGAUGUUCGUGAAUUCAUCGUGUUCAUUAAUGAAUAAGGAAGUGGAGGAGGAUAUUUACAUCGAUCAGGAUGGAGAAUGGGAUAUCAGUUUGUUUGAUGAGCUGGAUGGUCUUGGGGAUGCUGAUGAGCUCUUGGAGGCAUUGGUGGAGGGUGUUUGCUAUGACACCUAUGCACCUGAUCUAAACUUUGACAUCGAGCACCCAGCAUGGAACUCAGAUGGGUGGAGAGAGAAUAGCAGCUCUCGAUCUGACGGUGAUGUAACAGUGGACUCGCUCUCACCAAACCACACGCUUAGUUCAGUGUCCUCACCAGCGUCAGUGGAGCCCCAAUCACCGUACUCUACACAUGAUGAGGCACUGUCUCCACUGUACUGGCAUUCUCAGCCCUCCCCGCUGUCUGUCUGUUCCGACUCAAGCGGUUGUGCUGAGCCGCCCGUUAAGAGGAGGCCACCCAAAAGGACCAGUCAGGCAACAAAAGCAAAGCUUGUCCAGCCAGCUAAGAGGCCCAUCCAGAUGAGCCCCAAAGUUUCCAUACAGCCUAAACCGCUCAUAACUGCUGUGCCUAUCUCCCGCGCUGCAGCCCCUCUUCAGACUAAGACCAUCAUCAUCCAACCUCUCCAGACCACAGUUCUACCUGUGGUGAAACCUCCACCUGUCACCAUUCAGCCAACACCCCCUGCAGGUCAACCAAUGUUACUCUCUCAACCCACUCAGGUUGUCCAGCUCCAUACGCCUCAGGCAGUAGCCACACGUGUGGUCACAGUGCCAAACCUGGACAGACACACAUCUGUUGUUGCCCCGGUAACAGCUACUCCUGUGGUCACCAUGGCAUUUCAGAAUAACACACCUGAGGAUGAUUCGAGUGUGUCUAGGAGGCAACAACGCAUGAUAAAGAACAGAGAGUCUGCGUCUCUUUCACGGAAGAAGAAAAAGGAGUACUUGCUGACGCUGGAGGCCCGUCUGAAGGUGGCGCUGUCAGAGAACGAGAAGCUGAAAAAUGAAAAUGGCACAUUGAAAAGACAAGUGGAAGGCCUGAUGAGUGAGAACUCCGUACUGAAGGCAACAGCUCCAAAAAGGAGGGCUGUGUGUCUUAUGGUGGUUCUGGUCUUUAUGGUCUUUAAUUUGGGUCCAAUGAGUUUGUUAGGAGGAGACAGAGGGUCUACCUUUCCUGCUGCGCCUGCAAUCAAUGGCAGACACCUACUGGGCUUUUCCCCAGAGUCUGAGAGAAACAUGGAGACAAACAACCCUGAGACUGAUCCCUCUAACACUGUGAACAGGUUGGAGGAUGUUGUAUCAGAACAGAAGGCUCUGAUGGUGGUGAAGAAGGAUCCUCUGUAUUUCAGAACUCCACCUCCCUGCCAGCCUCCUGUCAACAGGACCAAGUGCAUUAAGAUAACACAUGAACUGAGGGGCUGGGUACAUCGACAUGAGGUUGAGCGGACCAAAACACGCCGCAUGAGCAGUACCCAACACAGGAGCAGAACCAUUCUGAAAGCAGCAGAGAAAACCGCAGAUGUACAGCAGAUAGUGACACAGAUCCAGUACACGGAUUCCUCUGAAAAGAAUCCCAGCAAUGAGCUGCAGGUGUACUACGCCCCUCGCCGCACCUACAAUGACUUCUUUGAUGAAAUCAACAGAAGAGGGGAUACAUUCUACGUGAUCUCGUUCCGUCGGGAUCACCUUCUCCUUCCUGCCACAAACCACAACAAAGGAAGCCGACCCAAGAUGUCUUUAGUGCUGCCAGCUAUGAAUUACAAUGAGAGUGUCAUAAAAGACAAAGAGUUUGAGGUGAUGAUGCAAAUCGACUGUGAAGUCAUGGACACCAGGAUCCUCCACAUCAAGUCGUCUAGUGUUCCGCCCAUCUUGCGUGUCAAUCAGACGGACACAGGCUCUUUCUAUCACUCGGCCCCCAGCAACAACCAGCCUCCAACCCCUGUUGGAGUCCUUGUGGGUUCUGCUUAAUCCCAGCAAUUCACUAACUACAAAAAUGUAUCUUGCCAUGUUGUCAUUUUCGCAUCAUCUAUUUUAUUGAAUUUUUUAGUGACUAUUCUUGUCAGAGUGGCAUACCGUGUUUCACCCAGAUAAUGUAGUUAAUGGGAAUGAUAGACCUGUACUUGACGUCACCUCAUCACAAUACAAAUGUGUGCCAUUCAAUACGAAAUAAAUAUACAGAUUUAUUUCAAGUAGUCUUUUUCUCCAAAGACUACUGUUACCUAGCUUAUCUGACUUCAUUGAUUCAAAUGUUUGUUUAUUCCAAGCAGACGCAACAAUUAAUGUUCAGUCACUUUUAAUGUCUUUAUUGAUGUCAUGGUUCAGUUGCAUUUUCAUUUUAUUUAUCUGUUCUGUGUGGUUGUGUUGUCUGGUUUUGUUUUGUUUGCACUGUGCUUAUGUUGCUUAGUAAAAUGAUAGAACUGGUAAAUAUUUAUUUUUUAUUUUCAGUACCGAGCUUGUUUGGCACAUAUUUAAGGCUCAGAUUCAUAGAAAUAUUAUUUAAUUCUACUAUCCUCAAAGAACCCGUUUUGGCAGUUAUUUUUAGUUGCUGCUAGUGAAUAGAAAAUUAAGUGUGAAGAUUGAUUAUUUCCCCUUUUAACUAAUUUCUCAUGAGUGAAUUUUAUUUUCCUGGAGGAAUAAAAGCUUCUUGUCAUUCAGGACACUGCUCUAAAUAUAAAAAAAUGAGAAGAGUGUAAAGGAAUGUUUCAUGGUGUUUAAAUCAUCCCUCUGCUUAGAUUUUUCAAGGUUAUAACUUUAGACGUAUUCUAAUUGGCACAGUUUGGGGAUAGGGGUUGUAUGCUAAAUUUGUUAGUUCAUUUAAAUACAUUUCGGGCCCUUAUGUCUCUAUGAGGCUUAAUUGCACUUUAAAUAAGGUGCACUUACAAAGACAAUUGUUGAUAAUUGACUGGUUUGCAUGAAAGACGCAAAUAAGUCAUGAUAAUAUUUUGUCUCAUCUGUCCUUUAUUUACUCUAUGCAUUUGUGUCCAUUUAGUGUGUUUUAUUCAGAGGUUUGCUCAUUUAUUGUCAUGUUUAGGAUCCUGUAGUCGGUUGUCACUGGAAAGCAACAUCAUCAUUGGUUUAAUCUUGUGUAUAUCACCAAUCUACAUAAGCAAAUUUGCUGUGCUGACCAAUCAAUAUUAGAACUCCUUAAGGGGGUAGGAAUCAUCACACUUUCAAUUUCACAGAUGAUAAACUGAACUCUGGUGGGAGUAUGUUCUCAAAAUGUGGAUGAUUUAUUAAUAGAAUAUUUAGUGAGAAAUUAGCAAAUAUUGGCCUUGCAUAACAUUGCUGCAGAAAUGUGUCUCUGUUACACUCACUAUUUGUGAUUAAACAAUGUUUUUUUAUUUGAUCAAAUAUUUUUCACAAAUUUUACACAAUUAUUAAAUGUAAUAUAUUUAUGCAAUUUUCCUGUUUGUUCCUGUAAACAGUGAAGGAAAUUAAAUGAAUUUUGUGACAAUGCAAAAAUAAAUAAAAAAUAAGCACUGGACAAAUACUA